AGGGGGCUGGGACUCAUGGGGCCCAAUUCCUUUCCCCUCAUGCCUGGUGUUUACUGGGCUGGGUUCUGGGAAAGGGCCAGAUUGCAUCAGACAGGCCUGAGGGGCUGGAGCCAGACUGUGGUCUGAGGAGGAGACAGCUUUAUAAACUGGGGCGAGUGAGCUGGGAGAGGAAACUCCGCAGGAACAAGACAGAGACAGAGAGUUAGCCAGACAUCAUGGCGGCCUUCCCGCAAGCAGCCAGCCCCUCCCAGCAGCCCCUGGGCCCAGACGAUGAGGACCUCAGCCUGGAUGAAUACGAUCUCUACGGUCUGGCCCAUUCUUCCCUGGGAGGUGGAAGCCGGAAAGGUCGCACCAAGAGAGAAGCUGCUGCCAACACCAACCGCCCCAGCCCUGGUGGGCAUGAGAGGAAGCUGGUGACCAAGCUCCAGAACUCAGAGCGGAAGAAACAAGGCGCACGGCGCUGAGACGGAGCUCGAGACCACCAAGGCCAGACCACUGACACCACACCCAGCAACACCCAGAGACCGAGACCCGACACUGGAGGAAUUAGGAUGUGGGGGCGGGAUCCAGACCUGCUUGCCAUCGCCACCCCCAGGACUCAGCCCACCUGACUGAGGCUCCUAGGGCCACAGAGGAAGCACCUCCAGCCCCAGCAAAAGGGCAAGAUGGGGAGCAAGAGACAAAGUAAGAGGCAGAGUCAGGACGGCACCUCCAAAAAGAAAGGUGCUGGAGAAAACGGAGCUCCCCGUUUGCAGGGCCAAUAAACAAGUACAGCAGCUGCA